CAGAUAUUAAAUAUAACAGCUGACCAAGCAGAUACAUACAAAUGUUUUGCUACAAACACAUUUGGAAUGGCUCUUUGUACAGCUACGCUUAAGGUUUUUGAAGCUGGAUUUGGGAAAAAUAGGCCAGAACGAAAUGAACCUGAAGACUUCAGAAAAAUGCUGAAGAAAACUGUGUAAAAUAUCACAACCAAAUAAUUUGGGGAGCUACAUUUUUUGUUGUUUGUUUCAUGUUAUCUAUUUUUACAGUUAAUAUAUCUAGAUAGCUAAACUCUUUCGAAAUAUCUUUGUGGAAUCUUUUCUGAAAUCUGAAAAAUCUUUUCUGAAAUCUGAAAAGACUUUUCAGCAACCAGUUGAAGAAGGAAAGAGAGGAAGAACAGGCGAAGUAUGUUGAAAAGGUUGAAAAUAUGAAACCAGUAGAGGUCAAACCAAAUGGAAAAGCUGAAUUUGAACUUGAGAUGAAGCUCAAGAAUCCCAUGAGCAAAAUUUCUCUCUACAAGAAUGGUGAAAUCGUUGACUAUGGUGAUGGCACCAAUGAUUCCUUCAAACACAAUCUGAAGAAAGUUGGUGAUAAAUACACAUUUACCAUUAGUAAUGUUGGCCCAGAAGAUGCAGGUCUAUAUCAAGUGGAUGUUGAAGAUGCAACCAUGUUUUCAGCUGAAUUGGAGAGUAAGACUAAGUUUGAUCACGGUGUUAAACAUGUUAGGUGUAACCCGCUGCACCAAGUACUGCAGACACGAUGGGUUCUGAAUAUGGACCAGCUUUUCAGAAGUUCAGGUUCGCCUACGGAGAAUAAGGAGCUCAAUAACAACAAUGAAUCACUCAGACACGUUUUCAAGGACUUCAAAUGAAAACUCAGAAGAACUCAAACUCAAACUCAAACUCACACCUUCCACCACAAACUUCACAUCAGUUAAUGAAGUCAACCUUUUGUUUGCUCCUUUUGAGGUAUCGCUAACUUAUUUCUUUGUUCACUCUGGAGAAAAAUAAAAUAAAAUGAAAUGAGAGUUGUAUCCUUUGUUCACACUUUAAAAAAAAUAAAAAAUAAAAAUGGGGAAAACAAAUACACUUGAUCAAAUUAGAAGAAAAACACAAUUAGGAAGAAACCCAAAUAAACCUGAAUAAAUUCAAGUAUGAAUUCAAAGCUCAAUUUUCAAGAGUCUUGUAAUUCAGUACUUGAUGUUCAUUCACAACCUUGUGAAUGUGGCUGAAUUCAGUUAACGACAGUGAAAUUGUUCGUCACUCAGUCUCUCCUAUUAGAUCGUCCCUAAAGAGAACAGUGAAACGCUCUGUUUGUGCUGCUAGUUCACUUUUCCUACCGUCCAGUUCGGCAACAGCAAGGUAAAUGUCAUUCAGUAGCACUUGUUGAGAACUCAG